CACGAAUGAAAUUGCGCAUUUGCGAUGUAGCGUUUGUUGAAAGAUAGUCAAAAUGUUAAAUAUAUUUUUAUAUUUUUGUUUCUUUUUUACCGUUUUAGUUAAUGCUGAAUUCUAUGUUGCCGAUCACGAGUACGCGUUAAUGCCAGACCUUUUUUUUAUGGACAAUUUUGAUCAAUGCAUGUUACGUCGAGAUGCUUUAUUUUGUACUUUUGCCUAUCGAAUUAAAUUCCUGGACGAAAAUACUGCACUACGGAAUUUAAUAAAAAAUGUAAGUGAUAAUCCUCAAAAUUAUAGGCAUGAUAUUUUACGCCAUGGAAUAUGCGUUCCAAACCUAUGUCCGCCAAACAAUAAAACCCAAAAUAGUACCAAAGAUCUUAUCCAGAAUUGUUAUAACAGCAAGUUCAGCGAAUUCGGGUUCGAGGGUCAAAUAACCGAUUUGAACUGUGAGACAAAUUUUUCGAAAUACAAAGUUGAUAUUUACGACAAAACGUUGGGGGCAAUGCUCUUGGGAUAUAUCGGACUUACAAUAAUUGCAUCCAUUUAUGAAGGCGUUGCUAGAUACAAGGAUAAAAAAGCGUAUUAUCAAUCUUGCCAAAUCGGUGUUGGUUUAUAUUUAUCCGCUUUCUCAAUUCCCAAAAACUGGUAUCGACUUAGAACCAUUAACAACGAUCCUCAUGUCAAGAAACUAAGGAGUAUUCAAGGCAUGCGUUUUUAUACUAUGAUUUGUGUUAUAAUGACACAUACAUUGAUGACUUUUUUCGGAGGACCUGUAUCGAAUCCGCAGUAUUCUGAACAGAGCACAAAGGACAUUCUAAACAUGUUUUUGGUCAACGGUUGGUUUGCGAUUCAAACAUUCUUCGUUAUAUCCGGAUGGUUACUUUCCUUUAAUUUUUUUAAGAUGCUUGAGAGACAUUCAAGGGUCAAUAUGAAGUUCAUUUUUUUCGCAAUUAUUAAUCGGUAUUUUAGAUUAUCUCCAGCGGUUGCAGUAAUGGCCGUUAUUCAUAGCACUUGGCUGAUUCACUUAGCUCGCGGCCCUUUCUGGGACUUUUUCGUUGGUGAAGAAUAUAGAAACUGUCGACGUAAUUGGUGGACAAAUUUACUAUAUAUUAACAACUAUAUAUAUAGUGACGAAAUGUGCAUGCAACAAACCUGGUAUAUUGCGUCGGAUAUGCAAUUGUUCAUCGUUUUCUUGAUUCUAUUAGCGCUUGGUCGACUAUAUCCUAGCAAAUUCAAAUAUAUGUUAGGAUUCACUUUAACCGUUGGUUUAAUGUUGCCUGGAAUUUUGGCAUACAUUAAAAAAUAUGACAUCAUUGUUCGGCAGUAUCCAGAAAAUAUGUACAAACUGAGGGCAUUACACGCCGAGGAAUGGCAUGUCCUCUACAGUUCUGCCUAUUCUAACAUAUUUGGUUACGGUUUAGGAGUGACAUUUGGUUAUUUCUUUUACCGACACAGGAAUAAAAACUUUACGAUACGUAAGGUGCAUGUCGUAUUGUGGUGGAUACUUACGUUCGGAAUGUGCAUAUUCGUUAUUUUAAUAGCAGCUGUAUUUUACAAUCCGGAAUAUAAAUUUUCCCCGACGGGCAGUGCUUUCUAUUGGUCACUGGGCAAAAAUUUAUUUGCUCUAGGUAUCGCGAUCGGAAUACUUGGACAUACACAGAAAAUCGGCUGGUUUGCCAGAUGGUUUUGCGAAUGGCAGCCAAUACAAAUAUUGGGCCGUUUAACCUACAGCACCUACAUUGUCCACGUUGCUUUUGCAAAAAUGAAUUUGGGUUACCGUCGUUAUCCUGUUUCUCUUAAUACUAAUAUUUUGGGCCAUAACGUAUUUAAGACUCUUAAGCGGCCUAUACACAUGCAGGCAAGUGUUAAGACUUGCUUGUACGGGUCGAGACACGCGAGUAAGUGCGAAUGUGUAUGUGUCAAAACUCACGGCGCGUUCAGUUCCAAGCGCGGCUCGAAGCAAAUCAGAUUGUGUCUGAUUUUUAGAGCAAGUGCGAAGGGCAACUUCAUUUUUCGCACCGCAGCAGGCCCCACCAACUGGUGAACCUCGACGUUUACCUGAAUAGUGUGUGGCCGCAAUUCGUUUCGUACUUCCUCGCGGACUUAUCUGGACACACUUGCGCGCGGACUUGCCUGCAUAUAUAUAGCCAUCAUUAUGUUAAGCAUUUUUUUUAUAUCUACCUAUUCGUAAAUUGAUUCUCCGAUGAUGGCGCUGCUCAUCAUACCUACAUUAAAUUUUAGGAAGAAUUUUAUUAGGGUGAUAUAUUAUUUAGUAAAACAGUAAAUUUGCAUGUAGCGCGCUCUAAAUUAUUUUUAAAUAUACUAGUAUAAUUCUAAGAAUAAUGUAGUGAUAA